AUGGCAACAUCAUCGAUAAUGCCAGACUGGUCUCAGCUACCGGAAGAGCUACUGCACCUUAUCUCGACGCAUCUAGAGGAUUACUGUUUUGAUUUAGUUCAUGCUCGCUCUGUUUGCACCUCGUGGCGAUCCACUUUUCCCUUUCCUUCUUCCCUGUUACGCCCAAGAUACUCUCUUCCCCACUUCCCAUUAGAAAGCAAAGACUUGUGCACCUUAGAGAAGGUUCCUUUGUUCCUCUUUAGAGUUAGAACCCCUCCUGCCGCUGAGUUGCCCUAUGAGUGUUUUCUAGGAGCAAUAGGCCGAGAUGCUUCAGAUGAUCAUAUGAAGCUACGUCCACCUUCCCUUCAGUGCUCAGUAAAAGUGAAGAUUCUAGGAUAUGAUCCAACCUUGAUGAUGAUGAACAUGCUUGACUGCCAGAUCAUCCCUCUGGGCCAUCAGUACAGAAUGAUCGGUAGGGAACACAAUCGCUCGGCUUUUCUCCCGCUAGACAAAGAGGGAGGAGGAGGAGAAUUCGUUGUGGUUAGUAGCUUCCUUUACGAUUUUAUGGUGCUAACAAGUGUAGAAAUGAGGUGGAAGCAGCUCGAGAACAUCCCAAAUGGUAGAUGCACGAAUAUAGUCACUUUUAGAAACAAAUUCUACGCAAGUUUUACUACCAGUAAAGUUGUUGCUAUCGAUCCUUAUUCGCUGGAGGUUACUAUUCUGUUUUCCUCACCUGAGAAUUUUAGCUAUCUGGUUCAGUCCGGCAAUGAAGAACUUUUCCUGGUUGAGGUAAUCUUCCCCUUUCAUAUUGAAAUCAAAUUUAGAGUGAGUAGGCUAGAUGAGGAAGCUGGUAAAUGGGUUGAGGUCACCGAUUUGGGAGGCCGUGUAUUGUUUAUUUGUAGACACUUGGGAAAUUUCUGCUGCUUCGCUAAAAAGCUUCCUCAUGGUUUGAGUGGGAACUCGAUUUUGUUCAGCCAUGGGCCACGCUAUGUAAAUUUGAUCUAUAAAUAUGGAGUACAUACCGGAAACUCAGAAGACGAUCUCAACUGUUGGAGACCGUCAGGGGAGAAAGAUGUGAUGAUCGUGGACAAUUUUUCCGGUUGGAAACUUUAG